AUAAUACACUUCUCCAUCACUCUAAUAACACUAAUUAGCCUACUAGCGCCAAUCCUAGCUACCCUCAUUAACCCUAACAAAAGCACACUAUACCCGUACUACGUAAAACUAGCCAUCAUCUACGCCCUCAUUACCAGUACCUUAUCUAUAAUAUUCUUUAUCCUUACAGGCCAAGAAUCAAUAAUUUCAAACUGACACUGAAUAACUAUCCAAACCAUCAAACUAUCCCUAAGCUUCAAAAUAGACUUCUUCUCCAUUAUAUUUACCCCUGUAGCACUAUUCGUUACCUGGUCAAUUGUAGAAUUCUCAAUAUGAUAUAUAAGCUCAGACCCAAACAUAAAUCAAUUCCUCAAAUACCUACUCAUUUUUCUCAUUACAAUACUAAUCUUAAUCUCCUCUAAUAACCUAUUUCAACUUUUUAUCGGAUGGGAAGGAAUGGGAAUUAUAUCCUUCCUACUAAUCAGUUGAUGAUACGGACGAACAGACGCCAACACAGCAGCUCUACAAGCAAUCUUAUACAACCGCAUCGGGGAUAUCGGCCUUAUUCUAGCAAUAACUUGAUCCAUUCUAUACUCUAACUCAUGAGAUUUUCAACAAAUAUUCAUCCUAAAUUCUACCCCCAACACCUUCCCCCUAAUAAGCCUCCUCCUAGCAGCAACAGGAAAGUCAGCUCAAUUUGGUCUUCAUCCAUGACUACCCUCUGCCAUAGAAGGACCAACCCCUGUCUCAGCACUCCUUCAUUCCAGCACUAUAGUUGUCGCCGGCGUUUUCUUAAUCAUUCGCUUCUACCCUAUGACUGAAAAUAACCCACUCAUUCAAACACUCACCUUAUCUCUAGGAGCUAUCACCACCUUAUUCACAGCAAUCUGUGCCCUAACACAAAAUGAUAUAAAAAAGAUCGUAGCCUUUUCAACCUCAAGUCAACUAGGCCUUAUAAUAGUAACAGUCGGGAUCAAUCAACCACACUUAGCCUUUCUUCACAUCUGCACCCAUGCCUUCUUUAAAGCCAUAAUAUUCCUAUGCGCAGGAUCCAUCAUCCACAGCCUUAAUAAUGAACAAGACAUCCGAAAAAUAGGCGGACUGCUCAAAACCCUGCCCCUCACCACCUCAUCACUUACCAUUGGCAGUCUUGCACUCAUGGGAACACCCUUCCUCGCAGGCUUCUACUCAAAAGACCUAAUCAUCGAAGCCGCCAACACGUCGUAUACCAACGCCUGAGCCCUAACGACUACCCUUGUAGCCACCUCCCUCACAGCUAUAUACAGUAUCCGUAUUAUAUUUUAUACCCUAACAGGAUACCCUCGCUUUACAACUCUUAUUUCAAUUAACGAAAAUAACCCACUAUUAAAAAACCCAAUCAAUCGCCUAGCAGUGGGUAGUAUCUUCGCUGGGUUUCUUAUUUCUAACUGCGUCCUUCCUGCCUCAUGCCCCCAAAUCACUAUGCCCUACUAUAUCAAACUUACAGCUCUAGGCACAACUACUUUAGGGCUUCUUCUAGCAAUAGAACUUAGCCUCAUGACUAACAAUGUAAAAUUAAGCACCCCAAUAAAAACUUACUACUUCUCUAACAUACUAGGCUUUUACUCAACCACUACUCAUCGCCUAAAACCCCACUCAAGCCUGGCAACAAGCCAAAACUUCGCCUCCGCCUUACUAGAUCUACUCUGACUUGAAAAAUCCAUACCAAAAAUAACUGCACAAACUCAAAGCUCUAUCUCCACAGCCACUUCUACCCAAAAGGGUCUAAUCAAAUUAUACUUUCUAUCAUUCCUAAUUACACCUACCCUAGCAUUACUACUAACCAUCUAA